AACAUAAUAAUAUUAUGGUCGCAGUUUAGCGUAUAUAGAAGCGCUGGUGCUGGACGUGUUGAGACGAAGCUCCAUGAUGCCGCUGCUGCUCAUCCAUCGCGCCACAGAUGACGUCGAAUUCGAGGGCUAUACCAUACCACAGAACACUUUGCUGAUAGCGUGCAGCGAAAUCGGCCACAGAGAUAAAUCCUUCUGGCAAAAGCCUGACCAACUUUACCCUGAACAUUUCCUGGACGAAAAUGGGAAGCUUGACAGCGAUAAGGAAAAUUUCACCCCCUUCUCAGUCGGCCGACGUAAAUGUCCGGGAGAGUCUUUUGCCCGCAUGCAACUUUUCCUUUUCACGGCGGCCCUCUUGCACCGAUUCAAGCUCGAAGCUGCGACGACCACUGCGCUGAAAUCAGAAUCUGAUCCUGCCACGAGCAUUAUUAACAGACCAGAUAGAUUUGAAUUGGUGCUUAGAAGGAGAGACUAAGCCGUUUGUGUGGGCACCAAACAUUACACACUGCAUGUCUGGGAGUAUAAUCGCAAGUUAACUUUCACUUUAAUUGUCUGGAAUGGGUACAAAACAUUGGCAUUUAUGCAUUUUAAAUAGAAGUAAAGUGGGAGCCCUACAGUCUUGUCCGUUGGGAUACUCCUAAAUGAGAUCUGUCUCUGGGGUUGUACUUUUCAAGUUCACUAUGUACAGUUAGCUGUCUAAUAAAGUACACUUGGGCGCGGUGAUUUCUCGUUCGUCACUCCUGGGUUUAGCUUGAAAAAUUCAUCCGUAAGUGUUUGGCUGACAGUGUUGCGAACUCUUGAACUAUUAUAUUCUAUAUUAGCAUGUUUUUUUUAACAGGUCUCUAGCAAAUAUUUUGAUCAGCGUUGACAAGGGGGAGGCAUUGCAAGUAGGGCUACCUUCACAUGUAGCCACCAGAUGGGUCGUGCGUGGCUCCUUAAUCGAGCAUGUUUCAUAUUUGGUCUCUUAAAUCAAUUAAUAUACCAGUACCAAGACGCUCUACAGCAAGAAAUUUGCGAGUAAAAAUUGUACCGACGUUAAAAUUUGUUAUUGUAGGCAAGUCAUUAUUUGUACGUGCAGAUGGGGCAUAAUAUUACAUAAAUUCUCAUUUGUUUGCAAGUUUUUAUGAUGGUAAAAUAAUGUCUACUGAUAGUAAAUUUCACUCAUAUUAAUGUGCAUUCACUGUGAUUAAAAACUACAUUGACGUUGCAUGAGAAUAUUUUGCAGAUAAAAUAUU